AUGGCUAUUUAUUUUUAUCUACCAACACCUGUAUUGGGAAUAGAUAAAGAAAUUACAAUUUGUGAUGGAUUAAAUGUAACUUUACAAUGUGAUGAAGCAAAGAUAAUAAAUUUUACAAUGGCAAAUUAUGGUCGUUUUGCAAUAGAAGUAUGUAAUGAUCCAAAUGAUUUUAAGAUUCCUGAUGAAAAAAUUUGUAAAAAUGAUAAAACAUUACCAAUACUUGAAAAAUUAUGUCAGGGACAAAGUAUUUGUUCAUUUAAUGUUAAUAAUAAGAUGUUUGAAGAUACAUGUAUUGGAUUACCAAGAUAUUUAGUUGCAAGAUAUAAUUGUAUUGAAAAAAUUAUUCCAACAACAACACAAAAAACGACAACUGAAUUGGUACAAAUUAAUAUUCAUCUAAUGGAGGAUAAUGAGUAUGCAAAAGUUGUCUCACAAAAAGAAGAUUCUCCUAUGAUUAAUAUUGGAAUAACAAGAAAUCCAACAAAAGUUAUUGCAAAAAUUGAAGAAAAUCCUGAAAAUGUAGUAAAAAAUUGUCCAAAAAUUAGUAGACGUUUAAUUACAUGGCCUGAAACUCAUCCAGGAAAGAAAGCACGUGUUGAUUGUCCAAUUGGAAGUUUUGGUCUUGCAGAAUGGUAUUGUUCUAAUGAUGGUAAAUGGGAACCAUCUAAUGGUCCAAGUUUACUUUAUUGUAAAUCAACAUCAUUUAAUAAUUUAGCUCAAGAUUUAGAGGAAAUUGAUCAAACAGAAAGUAAAGAUGAAAUAAGAAAAUCAAUUGAAAUACUUCUUGAAGAGACAGUUAAAAAUUUAAAAGUUCAUACAACAGUUUUUGGUGGUGAUCUUAUAGUUAUUGGAGGAAUAAUUUCAAAAAUAACUGAUCAAUUUCAAUUUUUAGAUGAUGAUAAAGAAUCAGCAGGAAUUAUUGUUGAUAGAUUAUCAGAUGUUAUUGAUGUUCUCCUUAAACCAUCAAAUGAAUUUUGGAAUGAUUUAAAUGAAGAUUUAAGAAAAAAACUUUUAGUAAGAAUAUUAGAAAAUUAUGAAAAAAUGUUGUUAAAAAUUUUAGUACCAAGUGAAAGAAAAAAUGUUGCUAAUUCAAAAACAAUAUUAAAAGAAAACUUUUUAGGUGUAUCAACAGAAGUUUUAAAACAUAGUAAUGCAAAAUAUCCUUCUGAAUCAGUUAAAAAUUUUAAAGAUAAUAUUAUGAUACCAGAAGAAAUUAUUGAAAAAUAUAUUGAUACAAUGACAUUUGUUUCUUAUAAUGGAAAUAUAUCAAAAUUGUUUAAUGAAAAUAUUUAUAAUAAUUCAAAAAAAAUUUUUCCAACAAAUAUUGUUUCUGUAUCACUUUAUGAUGGUGGAAAAAAAUUUAUUAGAAUUAAUGAUAGAGAUAAAAAUUAUACAUAUCCAUUUGUAAUUGAAUUACAAUUAAAAGAAGAAAUGGAACAUUCAAAGACAAUUGAAUGUAUUAAUUAUGAUGAUGAACAAGGAUCAUGGAGUAAUGAAAAUUGUAUUUUUUCAACAAUAAAAGAUAGUAAAAUUAUUUGUCAUUGUUCAGUUUUAGGAAAGAUUGCAACUAUUAUGAUUGAUAAUAAUAUUUCUAAUAUUAUACCUAUUAAUAGUAAUAAUUAUAUUCAAUUAAUUGUUAUUAUUAGCUGUGUUAUUGGAAUUUUUUUUAUGAUAAUGGCAUUAUUUUCAGUAUUUGUUUUUUAUUCAACAUCAACAUAUGAUAAGGGUCAAACAAUAAUGUUAAGAAAUAUUACAAUAACAUAUAUUCUUUCAAAUAUUUUGAUACUUGUAUUUUUUGCAACACCAACAAUUAUUUCUGGUUCUGUUGCUUGUAGUAUUUCAACAACUUUAACGCAAUUUUUUAUAUUAUCAUUUCUUUUAUGGAUAAUUAUAUUAAAUUAUCAAUUAAUGAUUGGAAUUUCACAUAAUUAUACUGGACCAAGUAAUUUAGCAUUAUUUAUUUAUAAUACAAUUGCAUAUAUAUUACCAUUAUUUAUAAGUUUUGGAUCAGCAUACUGGUAUCAAUCAAGCAUUGGAAUUGAUAGUUGGAAAGUAAGUGAAUUUUGUUUUCAUAACAUAAGUGAUAACUUUAUUAUUGGCUAUGGUAUUCCAAUUGCUAUUGUUAUUGUUAUCAAUGCAAUUAUUUCAAUUAUAUUAUUAUUUACCAUCUUUCGUCGAGGUACUGAAGGUUAUAGUCCAUGUAAACAAGAUAUAUUAACGAACUUUAAAAAUACUAAAAAAAUGUCAAAAGGAAUAAUUUUAACUGGUAUUUUUGCUUCUAUAUCUCUUGUACCAAUACAUUUUUAUAUUGAAGCUGAGAAUCCUUUACUUAUUUAUUUAUCAUGUGCCUUUAAUAUUAUAUUAAGUUGUUUCUUUUUUAUAUAUUUUGUUGUAACUAGUAAAACAAUGGCAUAUAAUUAUAAUCAAUGGGUAUUAAGAAAUGAAUGGUUACCAGAAAUAAUUAGAGAAUCAUCAUUAAAAAAUAUUGAAAAUAAUUCACGUAAAAUGAUUUUAUCAUGUGAAGGUGAAACACCAGUUCUAUUUCCAGAAAUAUUUUCUAAUAAUAUGUCACCAGCUCAUUUUAGUUUUUCACCAUCAUGUGUUUCAACAUAUACCUAUUCUGGAGAUAAAUCAUUAUUAUGUUCAAAUUAUAAAUCACAUAUGACAUCAAAUAUUUCAUAUCAACAAAAUCCAUCACCAUUUAGUUUACAUAAUAAUGAACAAAAAAUAUGUAAUGGUGGAACAAUGUAUGAUUAUCCUUCAAUGUCUUUUGAUAAACCAAAUUAUGUUGGUACCUUUUCAACUGCCAAUACAUUAAUAAAUAAUGGUAAAAAUCAAAUGAAAUAUCAUUUUUUGGAUAAUAAUGAUCAAAAUAAUGGACAAUCAUUUAUUUAUCCAAUUGAAUGUAUUUCACCAAAUCUUCGCACAACACCUCCAAAAUUUCCACCACCUCCACCACCACAAUAUGUUAAUGGAUCAGCAACACUUCAAUAUAAAUUAAAUCAAGGACCAGUAACAAUGUCUGAAGAUUCUGCAUAUAGUGAUAGUGGAAGUUCAACAUUUAUACCACCAGUUAUAUCAAAUGGUGUUCCAUUAGUGGCAAACUAUACUAGUGGAUCAAUGGUUUUACGAAUGGAUUUAAAUAAAAAACCACCUGUUUUUUUAAGUGGAAGUAAUAAUUAA